CUCCGUGCGCACAGCCCGUCGCCGCAGCCGCGGAAUCAGCGCAUCAGUUGCGGUCCUUCUGCGUCCCUUUGCCUGUUUGCACCGCCGCAGACUGCGCCACUGACAGCGGGCGGUUCACGCGUUUGAUGCGGGACAACCAGCUCUCCUGUCAUGUCGCCUCCGCUUGCCUCUUUGUGAUAUUCACAACUUCUGGAUUCUGAGAAAACAAAGAGAAGAAGAGUCGUCCUAAUCACCAUGGGCACCGUGCUGUCGCUGUCACCGGGCUCCCGGAAACCCGGUUACUAUGACAACCACCCGGGCUCGCUCAGCCACUACCCGAGCCUCAGCAGCCGCUCCCUGAACAGCCAGAAGGACCGUGGCCUGAAGAGAGGCCAGUCCAUCUUCCUGCCCGCGCUCACCUGGAAGCGACUCGUGGCCUCCACCAAGAAGAAGAGCAACGCCAAGAAGGGCCCCGGCGGUCCGGUGGCCCUCGGGGACCCUCUGAACAACAACAACAUCAACAUCUACCAGAAGGACCCUGUGCUACAUCUGAACCGGGAGAAUGUGAAGAAAUCCCUGUCUUGUGCCAACCUCUCCAGCUACGAGGGCCCAGCAGGACUGGGUCUGGGGCUCGGUUACGGACUGGGGAUGGGUCAGGGCCAUGGGUACGGCUACAGCAAGUCACAGCAGCUGUCCUCGGUGAAAAAGGUCCCCCAGGGGACGUCGUCUCCAAAGCGAGUCAUCGUCCAGGCCUCCACCAGCGAGCUGCUCCGCUGCCUGGGGGAGUUCCUGUGCUGCCGCUGCUACCGGCUGAAGCACCUGUCCCCGGCCGACCCGGUGCUGUGGCUGCGGGCCGUGGACCGCUCGCUGCUGCUGCAGGGGUGGCAGGACCAGGCCUUUGUCACGCCAGCCAACGUGGUCUUCGUCUACAUGCUGUGUCGGGACGUAGUGGAUGGGGAUGUGGUGGCGUCGGAGCACGAGCUGCAGGCCAUCCUGCUCACCUGCCUCUACCUGUCCUACUCCUACAUGGGCAACGAGAUCUCCUACCCGCUCAAGCCCUUCCUGGUGGAGGCGGGGAAGGAGGCCUUCUGGGACCGCUGCCUGGCCAUCAUCAACGCCACCAGCUCCAAGAUGCUGCGCAUCAAUGCAGACCCGCACUUUUUCACACAGGUCUUUGCUGAACUGAAGAGUGAAGGCGGAUGUGGGCCUCAGGACUAUAGCCGGGUUCUGGAUCGGUGA